CAUCGCAAAGAUGCAGCCUUCAAACCCGUUCCUGUUUAUUCUACAGAUAGGCUUCCUGCUGUACCCCACGGGCCCUACACCGGCGUGCUACGAGCUGCAACCAUCGUCUCGAGCUGCUUCUAUCGGCGACAAGUAUCUGCUGAUGCACGCAGCCUCAGCUGACGAAAGCUACCGGCCCUUCCAUGAUGGCGCUGGUGUCACAUCGACAGAUAUGCUUGGAUCACCGAUGACGACACCAUGGAGCAACCCUAUAAAGCAGGACGCAUACGGCACAGCUGGCAGUGGGCACGGCAGCAUCGCAAAGAUGCAGCCUUCAAACCCGUUCCUGUUUAUUCUACAGAUAGGCUUCCUGCUGUACCCCACGGGCCCUACACCGGCGUGCUACGAGCUGCAACCAUCGUCUCGAGCUGCUUCUAUCGGCGACAAGUAUCUGCUGAUGCACGCAGCCUCAGCUGACGAAAGCUACCGGCCCUUCCAUGAUGGCGCUGGUGUCACAUCGACAGAUAUGCUUGGAUCACCGAUGACGACACCAUGGAGCAACCCUAUAAAGCAGGACGCAUACGGCACAGCUGGCAGUGGGCACGGCAGCAUCGCAAAGAUGCAGCCUUCAAACCCGUUCCUGUUUAUUCUACAGAUCCAUUCGGGAAUGGAAUACCAUUGACCGACUUAUAGUCGAACAACAAAGAAUUGAAGAUUUCCUUGAGAUGUUACAAAACUCGCUUAAUACGUACUCAUCAACCUGAUGUCAUUUAUUUUUACUCUCAAUAUGAUAAGUUGUUUUUUCUAUUAGCAUGUUUGUCAAUACUCGUAUUCACAAUUACUGUUGUAUGUAUAUUUCUCCUUCUUAUCUGUGCUUGUUUAGCAUACCUACGAUGACAAUUACUAUUACUACUGUUUCUUUCUGUACCCCACUCCUGUAAUAAC